GAAAGACGCAAAAGGAUAUAGUCAAAAUAUAUCAAAAUAUAUAUAAACCGUGUCUUAUGAUCUUUGGCAAUAAAUGUUUCUUUCAAUUGUUUCAGUUCUGUUCUUAUGUUUCUAAUCUCAUCUUGUACAAUCAGGUCUUCUGCUCCAUUAGACUGCAGUGUUGUACCCGACCGUAGCACAUCAGCCUAUAUUAUGAUAAAUGCUGAAUCUAUCGUGACAGUGACGAUAGAUGUUAAUUGUUUUUUUAGUGAUGGUUGUGUUUUUGAUAGCAAUAUGGGGAAGAAAGGGACCUCCAUUCGUGCAGUUUCUAUUUUUCGCAAUGGGUGUAGGGACGUGUAUAUCCCCUCUCUUGGCAAACCUUUUCGUCACACAAGAAGAACCUAGGUACGGGAGAAAUGAUACGACAUCCGUCAUCGGUGUCGGGAAUGAAAGUACCUCAUUGGCUGUGACUACCCGGACUACAUUUCCAUCAGGAAAAAGUGAAAGUAUAACGGAGUCCAAUGUAAGAUAUGUUUACGUAAUAAUUGGUGCGUAUUUUGGAAUUGUGGCUUUGCUCUUCUGUGGCAUGGCGAUCAAAUUAAGAACACUUCAUGCCGUGAGACAAGAUACCAGCAACGAUGUCAACAAAGAUGGGUCUAAAAUUCCAACUUGGACACAAAUGAAUAAAAGUUAUAGGAUAAAAAUGUUGAUCUUUGUGUUCUUGAUUUAUUUUGCACAUGGGGGAUUCCACAUUACAAUUAAUGGACUUGUGACGACCUUUGCCAUUCAAGGUCUCCAUUGGACCAAGGAUCACGGAACAAUUAUAGCUUCGGUUUAUGGUGGUACAGUUACUCUUUCAUGCGUUCUGGGUGUAUUUACGACUAAGAUUUUGUCGCUAUCACAAAUGAUUUCAAUACAGAUAUUGACGAUUCUAUUGUCAAUGAUCACAAUGGUAGCAUUCGUACAAUUACACGCGUCUGUACUUUGGGUGACAAUUAUUUUAGCAGGAUUAGCAGCUGGUAGCAUGAAGGCAACGAUAUACUCCUGGUUUCAAACUAACGUGAUGCAGGUAACUGGGAUAGUUGCGAGUAUCAGCAUCAUAGGAAAAGCAUCGAGUGCGAUGAGUGUGCCCUUAUUGACAGCCGCGCUCGUGGAAAACGUUCAUUACAUGUGUUUUUCAUACCUGUUAUUAGGUAAUGCAGUGCUGCUAGGAGUUGUAGCCAUAUGCAUCUAUAUAGUUUUUAAGAUUCACACGAACAGAAAAGUCUAAUUAAACCGGUAUUUACUUUACCUUGAAUAAGCACAGGAUAUUCUAGCCGAUGAACUGGAGCAUUUUUAUAUUCGUGGGCCACUAUCCCCAUAGAGGUCCAUAGUAUAUUCUUACGUUUGUAGUAAAACCAUUUUAGUACCACCAGUCACAUCAAAUGCGUAUCUAUCAUUGCCUUAAGAAAGUACAGUUGCCAGAUAGAAUGCCAUGCGUUAUUCCGGGGCCUUUCAUUUUGGUCCUGGCUAGCUCCCUUGAUGAUCCACAAUACCAUAUAAGGAAUGGGGAAUCCUUGAAUUCAUAUCCUAAGAAACGUUUUAGUUUUUAAUGUGAUGUGUGUAUCUGAUGAAAACAUGCUUUACAACAUUGUAAAUACUGUGGCUAGCCUGGAUUAAUCCAAACACAUUUGUGAUGAUUGUCAGAUAAAUCACUGAUACUCACCUAGUUACGCUGACGAUACACCCAACUAAUACAACGCAAUGUAAUACAAUAAUAUUGUAUACAAUAAAUACAGGUUGGGCCAAUAAAAACUGGAACAUUUUUCUGUUAAUUCUAAAUCUUUAUUUUUGCAGUUCAAUCCACAAAAAUUCAGAUACUGGUUAAAUGAUUAUUUGUGAAAAUGUAUGAUUAAUUUUGGCUUGUCAUGGUCAUGAUCUAUAUACUGUGUGCGUCAUGAAAAAUUUCCAAAUUUUCUCUGCGUGAGACAUCAUUACUGAAAAUACAGUAAUCUUUUCAACUUUUUAUAAUCAGAGAUAUCUAUUUAAAUUCAGGGUGAAAUUAUAGUAAAUUUCGUUUCUUCCUCAACUAAAAUAUUUAGAAAACAUGAUAAGCGAUUUGCGUGGGUCUAAACUAUUAGGCAAUAAGAUUAGGGUCAGACAGUAAUUAUAAAUGCUUAAUCGACGCAGUAUGCCCUUUCGCUUGAUAUACUGCAAGCCCUUGACUCAGUGCAAUGCGGAAAGACCACUUUUCGCAGGAUUUUUAGCCAAAACUGUCAAAAAGUACACCCCUUCAAAGCCCCCCCCCCCUUCUUGUAAAAGCUGUCUACGGGCAGUGAUACGUUUUAAAAGAUGUGGGAUCUAUCUAAAAAAGGCGCAACGUCACCAGCAUGUAAAUAUCAUCUUUUUGAUAUAAAUAAAGGAACACGACAUGUAAUAAAUACUUAUAGGCGAGGUCAUUGUCGAUGUUGUUGCUGUUUAAAUGAGUUACAAAACGUUAUGAAAAUAAUAUCGGGAGUAACGUGGGGGAAUGCGUGGGCAUGGGGUUUUUGAUUUUUAAAACUCGUUUCUUAGACUUCUCAGGCCCGUAGCCAGG